AAAAGUAAAUAGAAUCAGUAAGGUUUUCUCACAGCGACAUUUACAAUCUAUGGGACAGGCCAUUAUUGCAAUGAGUACAAAAACUGUGUACAUGUACAUUUUCAUAAUAAUUAUCAAUUUAAUAGGAUUUACAUACUGCACAGACAGUUGCAGAUGUGGACGUCCUAAACGUUUGGAUCCAGCGGAAGGAACGACGAGACUUUCUGAUGGACGAAAUUGUGGUUCUAUUGUCGAAUGGAAAUGCACAGGGAAAGGAUAUUUAAUGGAGGAGCCAAUAUGGUAUCAAACAUGCGAAAAUGGGAAAUGGGUUCCGGAGUUUGAAGGAGAUCCCUGGUGUGAGAAAUAUCUCGAAGUAAGUCCGUGCAUUGCUUGGGACGCGAGAGAUUUGUGUAAGAAUGGAUCCUUUUGUAUGGUCGAUGGUGAAACAUCUAAUGCAAUGUGUAUAUGCAGACCUUAUACCACCGGGUUGUUUUGCGAUCAACCAUCAGACGAGUUUUGUGCUGGCAUGUACUGUGACCAUGGUGAUUGUGAAAUACACGAGGAAGAGAACUCUCAUUACUACACGUGUACAUGUCACGAUGGGUGGAUUGGUCGUCAUUGUAACACUGAAAGUCCUUUUGUGAAAGCUAAUAAAGAGGAAAUGUGUAAAGGUGGCUCUUAUUGUAAACCUUCAAAUGUCUACUAUAUGGCAGAACAUAUGGCUCAACCCGAAUGCCAAUGUCGACCAUUCACCACUGGUAUUUCUUGUAAUGAAACGUCAGAAGAAUACUGUUCAAUGCCAGAGUAUUGUAAGAAUGGUGAAUGUACUUUCCACGAUGGAGACAGACAUUAUUACACAUGUGAAUGUCACGAGGGGUGGUUUGGUGCAACAUGCGACAGAAACGAACAAGCAGACUGCGCAAGAUGGAACUGGUAUUAUUCUUUGGGCUUUUGUUUAAAUGGAGGUGUGUGCUACCUAAAAGAUUUUGGCAAUGACAUAUGGGAUCCCAGAUGUAGAUGCCCAGAAAACACAACUGGAAUGAGAUGUGAAACCCAACUGAAUGAGUAAAACAAAAAUGGAAAGUGUCGAUGUAAUUUAUUAAUGGAUCUGUUUUAGAAGAAUAACAUAUAAAAUAUUACAUAAGUAUAUAGUUAGGCGUUUAUGCUUUUUUAUUGGUAAUCAAUGGAAACUAUACUAAUACACUGUGCUAAUAGUUCCGUGUAUACAACACUCAUCAGGGACGUGGCAGGAACGGUGAGGCAAAAUAAGAUAGGGGAGGCAUA